AUGAAAUAUUUAAAAAUCGAUUAAAUGAACUACUCUUGCUAAAUAUAAGUAGACAAUUUAUAUAUAAUUUUCAAACCAGUUUGAUUCAUUAUAAACAAUAAAUGGAAGAUUAUCAAAGAUAACUAAGAUAAGGAACUAAAACAUCUCAAUUAAUUAGUGGCUUCAUUAAAAUUAGAGAUCUUUCAUUUAAAUUUGUUAUAUAAUUAGAAAAAAAAAAUUAAUGAACUUAAAUCCAAUAAUUAACUUAUUAUUAAUGACUUUAACAAAUAAUUGAAGAGUAUUCUCAAGUCUCUCAUUCAAAAUAAUAUUUAAAAAAAUAAAUAAGAGUAUAAGUCUUAGCCAAACCUAUUGGAUAUUCAAAUUUAAAGGAAUAAGUUUUUGAAUUUAGAACAAUUAGUUCAUAAGUUAUUCUAUUAUAACAAAGAGAAAUGA